AUGAAUCAAGAUGAAAAUGAUCCAAAUGAAUCUUAUAAUCCAACAAUUACGAACAAGAGAAGUAAUUUUCAAUUUACAUAUGAUUCUGAAAAUUUUCUAUUAUCAUUAAUUGACAAAUAUAAGCAAGAUAUAUUCACCAGAGGUAGUAGAAUUAGAACGUGGGAAAAAGUUUUAAAUGAAUUCAAUUCCAAAUAUAAUUCCAAUAUUAUUCAAAGCAGAACCAUAAAUCAUAGAUUUCAAACUUUAAAAUCCAAUUUAAAAAAUAAAUUGAUGCAUGAGCGUCAAUCCAUUUCAGAAAUCAAUUUAAAUGAAAACGAAAAAUUAAUAAUGAAUAUUUUGCAAUUCAUGUAUCAAAAUAAUUUCUGUUCAACAGAUCCCUAUCGUUUGAAUUCUGAAAUAUUUUCCGCAUCGAAUGAAGUGGAUACUAGAGAGUCGUUCAGUAGCGCGGAUACUCAAAUAGAUUAUGCAAAUGAGCAUGUAACGUCAGGAGCUACUUCGAUUCCUCAUUUAGAUAAUUUGACAAGAAAUCAAACAAGUCAAUAUUCUAUGCAUGAAAUGGAGACGAAUACGAAAGCUGAAUUACAUCAAAACAUGUUUUCACAACAUCAUUUACAACAAACACCACACCAGCACACUCGACCACUAGAUAGCCAGUUACAUCAGCAUCAACACUUUUCAGAGAACCUUCAUUUGCCAAAUCAACAAUUGCCGCAUUUCAAUCCAUCUACCAAUAUACCAAUUGAGCAGGGUAAUUUUCAAGAUGUGUACAAACAUUCACUUCCGUCGUCAUCGACUUCUGUUUUCAACCACAAUCAACAGGAGCUACAUAAAACAAUAGAACAAGCCUCGCAUACUAGUUUUGACCCCCAACAUAAUUUCUCAUCCUCGUUAACUUCAAAUCCAUUUUCGCAUUAUCAACAACACAAUCAUUUGACAGAGCCAACUUUGGAGCCUCAGAUUCAAAAACCUUCAAGUAAUGUAACUACGGAAGAUCAACAUAGACCACUGUUGGACACUUCCUAUAGUAACUUGCAAAAAUCACAAAGUAUUGAUCAGGAAAAUGAAGCAUUGCAUUUAAUUUUAAAGCAAUUGAUAACACAACAAUCUCAAAACAAUUUACAAAUUAUAAACUUGCAUCAAGAUCUACAAAACCUAAAGACGGAGACCCUUAAUCAUUUCAAACAUUUGACAGAUUUGAUAGAGAAACAAAAUACACUAAUACUUAAUCAGCAGCAGCAUCAGCAUCAGCAUCAGCAUCAGUAUCAGCAGGAACAUCAAAACCAACGACUCCAAAGCUCGCCGAAUGAAGUAGGGGAUAUUUCAUCAUCAACUGUUCUCCAAGAAACUAACGAGUCGCAACAUACCGCUUCAGAUGAGAGAGAAGUAGGUAAAACCUCCUAA